AUGAAAAGUCCCGACACCCUCUUGAAAAUGGCAGGACAAACAACUCCUGCUUGGGGAGUAGUGGCACUUUUAAUCGCCUUUGCCAUUUACCGUCUUCUUCAAAUUGGCCGACGUGAUCCCCGUAUGCCCAAGGGACCCCCGACAGUGCCUAUCCUCGGGAACUUCCACCAGAUUCCGUCAAGUGGCCUAUAUGCGAAAUUCCGCGACUGGUCAAAGGAGUACGGCCCGGUGUUUUCGCUAAAAUUCGGACCAACCAAUAUCAUUGUCCUAUGUGAUCGAAAGGCCAUCCAUGCACUGCUGGAUAAGAAAGGAGCUAUUUACUCCGAUCGUCCUCCUAGCUAUGUAGGCCGUCUUUUGACGCAAGGCGACCACAUUGCUUUGGAACAAAUGGACCCGGUUUGGCGCGAGAAGCGGAAGGUCAUUUCUCAUAACUUCUCUCCAAAAAACUUGGACGAGAAACACUUUUUGGUUCAAGAAGCAGAAGCGACUGUUCUACUAAAUGACCUGAUGAAUACUCCGGACGGCUUCUUCAAUCAUGUACGGAGAUACACUGCUUCAUCCGCUUCAGUGCUUGCUUUCGGUCACCGUGGUCCUACCUUUGAUUCAUUUUGGGGCCAUGUCGUUUACGACGUCAUGGACCGAUGGACCGAAGUGAUGGAAGCUGGCGCCAAUCCACCCGUGGACGAAUAUCCCAUACUCAAGCUUAUUCCAAAGCGAUUCGCCUAUUGGAAACGACGCGCGAUCGCGGCAGGUGAGGUGUUUGACUCAAUGUGGGGGAAAGCGCGUGGCAUUGUUGAUGAGCGUCGAGCCAAGGGUAUCAAACGGGAAUGCAUCAUCGACAACUUGCUUGAUGAGUAUGAUCAGAAAGGCUGGCCGAUGUCCCAACAUGCAUUCAACAACUUGGUGGGUGAGGUCGUUGAAGGCGCAGCUGAUACCACUGCUGCUCAGAUUCUCACAUUGAUUCUGGCAUUUGCCAAAUAUCCCCAGGUCCAGGAAAAAGCACGACACGAAAUCGACAAAGUCUGCCCUGCUGAUCGACCACCGACAUUCAGUGACUUUAAGAGCAUUACGUACAUCAACCAAAUUGUGAAAGAAGGGAUGAGGUGGCGGCCAGUCGCCGUUACUGGAUUGCCCCAUCGUGUCCGCGAGGACGACUGGUAUGAAGGCAUGUUGAUUCCAAAAGACUCUACGCUUUUUGUAGCCACUUGGGCUAUUCAUCAUACAGAAGAGCUGUUCCCUGACCACGACACGUUUGACCCCGAGCGUUACGCGAAUCAUCCAAAGCUUGCAAAUGACUACGCUGGAAGCCCAGAAUGGAGCAAUCGAGAUAGGUUCUGCCGUCGUCUCUGCCCAGGGGUGCACUUUGCUGAGCGCAACAUGUGGCGCAUCGCAGCCAAGCUGCUAUGGGCGUAUGAAUUCUCCGAACCCAUUGACAGUGUUACCGGGAAGGCCAUUCCCCUGGAUGUGAAUGCAUACAAUCCGGGGAUUUUGCAGGCACCGCUGCAAUUCAAUGUUAGAAUCAAGGUCCGAAGUGAGAAUCAUGCCGCGACGAUAAAGAAAGAGUUGGUUGGGGCAUUGGACUUCCUGAAGAAAUGGGAAUAA